GUGUUAUUGUGUCUUAAUUAUGUAACAAUAUAUUAAAUAUUGUAUUUAUAUCUCUCUACAUAUGUAAAGAUUUUAAAAUUUUUUUCUGGAAUUUAAUAAAUGUAUUUUUAAUUUAUGUAACGCUUCAUUGCUUUUUGGUGACAAUAUGUUGACAGCAUUCUUUCCAUUGUUUGUUUUCAGGUUGCGAGUGCGUCGUGUUUGACAACACAUACUCCAAGGAGUUUGGCAUUUUCACGUCCCCUAACUGGCCCGUGCCGUACGAGGACAACAUUGAUUGUCUUCUUUAUACUUUCACUGGAGGGGAAGACGAAAUGGUCGAGAUCAGUUUCGACGAGUUUGAUCUGCAAAAAACGAACCUAGAAUGUGUAUUUGGUGAUUUCGUCAAGCUUUUCCUUCACCUGGACGAGCCGUCAGUGAAUGAGAAGACUCCAUAUAAUUCCAUAUUAUGUGGUAAGAUAAUGGACAUUGAACAGACACAUUACUCUUCCGGUCCAACACUUAUUUUCGAGUUCCAUACUGAUUGGAGGAGAACAAACAGCACCGGAUUCAGCGGAACCUACCGGUUCUUAAAGGUGUUCCAGACUGAUGGCUACCUACUUCCAGGAACGAAAUGUAACUAUGAAAUAUCUCCCGAACAGACGAACAGAACUCGAGGAAAGUUUUAUUCCCCUCAGUAUCCCAGCAAUUAUCCAAGAGAUAUAACAUGCCACUAUAGGUUCACUGCCACGCCUAAUAACAGAGUAAAGAUAGUCUUUGAGCAGAUUCGCCUGCAGAAAGGGGAUUUAAGUUGCCUGAAUAGUCCAGAUGUGAUUCUGGUUUACGAUGGGUCCAAUAAAAGCGCUCCAAUCAUCGGCCAUCUCUGCAAUACCAACACCUUCGUUGAGCUCGUUUCCACGGGCAGCAAUCUCUUCGUUGAAUUUCAUAGUAGAAGUCAUUUCCCUGGUCAAGGAUUCAAAGCCUCCUACUUUUUCGACAGCGGGCCACAGCCCCCCCGCAUCAACGAUAUCGAUGUGCCUUACAUGGCCACAGUACGACAAGUUCUUGAUGAAGUUUCCUUGCAAGACUUUGCCGAAGAUGACUCUCCAAUACAUGCACAACUUGCUAAAUCAAAUGGCGAACCUAGUGUGCCCGACGGAUCACGAUAUCUAGGAAAUGAGAGUUGUAUCUUUGUUCUUCGCUCUCAUGGUCAGUUCAUCACAAUUGCUCGUUCAGCACCUUUCGAGCAUAUUCAAUCAGUGUGCCACUUUGGGCACACCCACAGAGUUAAAACGAUAAGUGAUAUAACG